AUGCCUCUCACUGUUCCCGUGGCCGCCCUGGCCCGUCGAGCCCCGGCCCUGCUCCGACAUGGACGCAGAGUUCCCCAGACCCUCGCCGCGCGCUCCUUCACCUCGAGCGCCCUCAACACCUCGGCCAGGAGCUCAAUUCGCCUCCAGCAGUCAAAACGAUGGGCUCCCACUACCGCUGCCCGCUGCUACAGCGCCAGCCACACCCAGGAAGCCCCCAACCCCAAGGCCUACCUCGAGAGCGGUGUAAUCAAGCCCCAUCAGACGGUUGAUGUAAAAAAGGUCCUCGUUAUUGGUAGUGGUGGUCUUGCCAUUGGCCAAGCCGGCGAGUUCGAUUACUCUGGAUCGCAAGCCCUGAAGGCCUUGAAAGAGGCUGGUGUCGCUUCCGUCCUUAUCAACCCCAACAUUGCGACCAUUCAGACCAACCAUUCCCUUGCCGAUGAGGUCUAUUACCUGCCCGUCACACCCGAAUAUGUCUCGUACGUCAUUGAGCGCGAAAAGCCCGAUGGCAUCUUCCUCUCCUUUGGUGGCCAGACCGCCCUCAACCUUGGUGUUCAGAUGGAGCGUCUAGGUCUCUUUGAGAAGUAUGGCGUCAAGGUUCUCGGUACCAGUGUCCAUACCCUCGAGCUCUCUGAGGAUCGCGACCUCUUCGCCAAGGCUCUCGAGGAGAUCAACAUUCCUAUUGCCAAGUCCAUUGCCGUCAGCACCAUCGACGAGGCGCUCGACGCUGCUGACAAGAUUGGAUACCCCAUCAUUGUCCGUGCUGCCUAUGCCCUCGGUGGUCUGGGCUCCGGUUUCGCCAACAACAAGGAAGAGCUCCGCAACAUGGCUGCUCGCUCCUUGACCCUGUCGCCCCAGAUUCUCGUCGAAAAGUCGCUCAAGGGCUGGAAGGAAGUCGAGUACGAGGUCGUCCGUGAUGCGAACAACAACUGUAUCACCGUCUGCAACAUGGAAAACUUCGACCCUCUCGGAAUUCACACUGGUGACUCUAUCGUUGUCGCUCCCAGUCAGACGCUGAGCGAUGAAGAGUAUCACAUGCUCCGUACUGCUGCUAUCAAGAUCGUCCGCCACCUCGGUGUCGUCGGUGAAUGCAAUGUCCAGUACGCUCUGCAGCCUGACGGCCUCGACUACCGUGUCAUUGAGGUCAAUGCCCGUCUCUCUCGCUCCUCGGCCCUCGCCUCCAAGGCCACCGGCUACCCGCUCGCCUAUACUGCCGCCAAGAUUGGUCUCGGCCACACCUUGCCCGAGCUGCCCAACGCUGUCACCAAGACGACCACGGCCAACUUCGAACCCUCGCUCGAUUAUAUUGUCACCAAGAUUCCCCGCUGGGAUCUCUCCAAGUUCCAGCACGUCAAGCGCGAUAUCGGUAGCGCCAUGAAGUCUGUCGGCGAGGUCAUGGCUAUUGGCCGUACUUUUGAAGAAUCGUUCCAAAAGGCUAUUCGCCAGGUUGAUCCCCGCUUCGUCGGCUUCCAGGGUGACAAGUUUGAGGACCUCGACUUCGAGCUGCAGAACCCCACCGACCGCCGCUGGCUCGCCGUCGGUCAGGCCAUGCUCCACGAAAACUACUCGGUUGACAAGGUCCACGACCUCACCAAGAUUGACAAGUGGUUCCUGUACAAGCUCCAGAACAUUGUCGACUGCACCCGCGAGCUCGAGGCCGCCGGCGGACUCCAGUCCCUGCAGAAGGACCAGGUUCUCAAGGCUAAGAAGAUGGGUUUCUCGGAUCGUCAAAUCGCCAACGCUGUCAAGAGCACCGAAGACGAGGUUCGCGCGUACCGUCUUGGAUUUGGUAUCCGCCCUUGGGUUAAGAGAAUCGAUACUCUCGCCGCCGAGUUCCCCGCCAAUACCAACUAUCUCUACACUACGUACAACGGCUCGUCGCACGAUGUCACGUUUGAGGACAACGGCACUGUCAUUCUUGGCUCUGGUGUUUACCGUAUCGGUAGCUCUGUCGAAUUCGAUUGGUGUGCUGUCAGCGCCACUCAGGCUCUCCGCGAGAUGGGCGAGAAGACUAUCAUGAUCAACUAUAACCCAGAGACGUACUCAACCGAUUUCGACACUGCUGAUAAACUCUAUUUCGAGGAGCUCAGCUAUGAGCGUGUCAUGGACAUUUACGAGCUUGAGGCUGCUAAGGGCGUUGUGGUUUCCGUCGGUGGUCAGCUUCCUCAGAACAUUGCCCUGCGCCUGCAGGAGACUGGCAAGGCCAACGUUCUAGGCACGGACCCCAAGGAUAUCGACAAGGCUGAAGACCGUCAAAAGUUCUCCGAAAUCCUCGACAGCAUCGGCAUCGACCAGCCGGCAUGGAAGGAACUGACGUCGGUGCAGGCCGCCGAGGCUUUCGCUGCCGAUGUGGGCUACCCGGUGCUCGUUCGUCCCAGUUACGUGCUCUCGGGCGCGGCCAUGACUGUCAUCCGCAGCCAGGAGGACCUCAAGGACAAGCUCGAGGCCGCCAGCAGCGUGUCACCGGACCACCCGGUCGUCAUCAGCAAGUUCAUCGAGGGCGCGCAGGAGAUUGACGUCGACGGUGUCGCCUCCAACGGCGAGCUCGUGAUCCACGCCGUCUCCGAGCACGUGGAGCAGGCGGGCGUCCACUCGGGCGACGCUACCCUCGUGCUGCCGCCGGCCAACCUCGACGAGAGCGUGAUGCGCCGUGUCAAGGAGAUUGCGCAAAAGGUUGCCAAGGCCUGGAAGAUUACCGGCCCCUUCAACAUGCAGAUCAUCAAGGCAGAUAGCCCUGACGGCGGCGAGCCGCAGCUCAAGGUCAUCGAGUGCAACCUGCGCGCCUCGCGCUCGUUCCCGUUCGUCUCCAAGGUUCUCGGCGUCAACUUCAUCGACGUCGCGACCAAGGCGCUCGCCGGCAAGGACGUCCCCGCGCCGACCGACCUCAUGGCCGUCGAGCGCGACUACCUUGCGACCAAGGUGCCGCAGUUCUCCUGGACGCGUCUCGCCGGCGCCGACCCCUUCCUCGGCGUCGAGAUGUCGUCGACGGGCGAGAUCGCGUGCUUCGGCAAGACCCUCGUCGAGGCCUACUGGGCGUCGCUGCAGUCGACCAUGAACUUCCGCAUGCCGGAGCCCGGCGAGGGCCUGCUCUUCGGCGGCGAGACCAGCGAGAAGUGGCUGACGACCGUCGUCGACUACCUCGCGCCGCUCGGCUACAAGCUGUACGCCGCCGGCGACGACGUCAAGACGCUGCUCGAGCGCGAGUGCAAGGGCGGCGUCAGCGUCGAGGUCAUCGAGUUCCCGACCGACGACAAGCGCGCUCUCCGCGAGGUCUUCAAGAAGUACGACAUCCGCGGCGUCUUCAACCUGGCCCUCGCCCGUGGCAAGACCACCCAGGACGUCGACUACGUCAUGCGCCGCAACGCCGUCGACUUCGGCGUCCCUCUGUUCAUGGAACCCAAGACUGCCAUGCUCUUUGCCCAGUGCAUGAGCGAGAAGUUGCCCCGCCCUGAGGGUAUCCCCUCCGAGGUCCGCCGCUGGUCCGAGUUUAUCGGAGGCAAGCCCCUGUAA